AUGCCUUCACAAGUAAAAAACUUUUCCGAAUACAAGUUUCAAAGAAUUCUAGAUCAUAAUCAACAUCUUCGUGAACAAUUGGAUUUACCAAGAGUAAGAGUAUCCCAAGCAAGUUCAGUCAUUAUUAAAUAUGUUCAGUCUACCAAAGACUAUCUUGUUCCUUCAGUAUGGGGACCAGCUGGACCAGCUGAUCCUUUUAUAACUAAAAAUG